AUGGAUAGUGACAGAGUAUUCAUUGAUGUUGAAAGUGAUGAAGAAAACGUAAGAGAAAAAGAUCCAAUGAUCGUUAACCGUGUAGAAAAUAUUGAUGAAGAUUUGCUUGGAAGGGUUGUGUCCACUGAAGAGGAAGCUUAUAAUCUCUACAACAAUUAUGCUACGAGAGUUGGAUUUAGUGUUCGGAAGGGACAAAAGAGAUACAAUACCAAAAAAGUUCUACGGCAAUUUAGUUAUCUUUGUUCAAAAGAAGGUUUUCGACUAGAUAGUGACCCUUCGGAAUUGAGCAAGGUUAGCAAAUUAGAGACAAGAACAGGUUGCGAAGCUAGCAUUCGAUUUGCAUUUCAGGAUGAAGAUGAUACGUGGAAAGUUUCUCAUUUUGUUCCUGAGCAUAACCAUGAACUUGCUAAGCCAGAAGAGAGGCAAUUUUUGAGAUCAAAUAGAAAAGUUUCAGAUUCAAAUUUGGGUGUCAUUAAAACAAUGGUGGGUGCAGGAAUAAGGACCACAAAUACAUAUUCUUAUUUAGCAGAAGAAGUUGGCGGGUCUCAAAAUGUUGGUUUUACAAAAAGAGAUUGCUACAAUGUUGUGAACAAGGAGAAAAUGGCCAUGAUUGAAGCAGGGGAUGCUCAAAGCUUGAUGAACCUUUUCAAGCGCAAACAAGCUGAAGAUCCUAUGUUCUUUUACACAGUUCAAGUUGAUCAAGAAAAUCGAAUGACAAACUUUUUUUGGAGAGAUGGAAGGUCACGAAUUGACUAUGACUGUUUUGGAGAUGUGGUAGUAUUUGAUACUACUUAUCGAACUAAUAGGUAUAACAUGAUAUGUGCUCCUUUUGUCGGCGUCAACCACCAUUGGAAAAAUGUACUAUUCGGUUGUGCUUUCUUAUUGGAUGAGAAAACUGAUUCAUUUAUUUGGUUAUUUGAGACAUUUUUAGAAUCAAUGGGAGGUCGAAAACCAAAGACUAUUUUUACUGAUCAAUGUCAGGCAAUGGCAAAUGGCAUUCAAAAUGUUUUUCCUGGGGCAACCCAUGGUUGA